CUUAUACCAAGGCGGCGCGCAUGUGAGCGACAUCCAUCAGUGCAGACAUCCACGCAGAAGGCGACGCAUAGUCAGGUCCCUGAAGCUACAAUAUUCAGAACGCGCCGAAGCGAAAAUGCCGGGUAUUUUUGGCGGCGACGACGUCUCCGCCAUCGUUGUGGAUUGCGGGUCCUCCACAUUUCGCAUCGGCUGGGCAGGCGAAGACACUCCGCGGGGCGUCAUCCCAACAGCUUAUGGAUGGCUACCGGAUCCAGAGGAGGGGGGCGAUGCAAUCUCAAAAGCAGCUGCGGCAGACGGAAAUACGACCAGCGCUGAAGAUGCGAUGGAAGGCGUAGAGCCGACAGGCAAAUCCACUUCUGCAGCAGGGGCAUCGACCGACGCAAAUGAGACGCAGCCAGAUGCUGCUUCGACCUCCAAGAGCUCAGCAGCGGCAGAGAAGUGGAGAGCGAAGAUCUAUGGCGAGAAGAGGAAGAGAUUCUUCGGGGAUAUUGCUGUUGGGAUGUAUCGGGAAGGAGGAGAAAUCGCCAGCCCUUUAAACGACGAAGGCGCAUUGUCCUCAACCGCAUCCUUUUUGGCGCAAACUGAGUACGCUCUCCGCGCAUCGCUGCAAGCGGACCCGCGAGAACACCCGCUAAUGGUGACAGAGCCAUCAUGGAACAGCAAAGAGAUGCGAGAGGAGAUGACAGAAAUCGCAUUUGAAGGACUCCAGGUCCCCGCAUACUAUCUUGCCAACUCGACAGUGCUCAGCGCUUUUGCAGCCGGCAAGCCGACGGCGCUGAUCGUCGACGUCGGCGAGAACAGUAUGUCGGCUAUCCCCGUCGUCGACGGCUUCAUCCUGCGGAAAGGCAUUCACCGGCAACCGAUCGGCGGACGUGCUGUAUCGAGAGCACUCUUUCACUCCCUGCGCGAACCGCCGCCGCAAAGCCCGCGGGCAGGCAAGCUCACAGAAAUUUUCCCGCAUUACCUGAUCCAGUCCAAGGUUCCAGUCGAACCCGGGCGCCCUCCGCAAGUGAAGCUGCGCGAAGAUAGACUGAAGGGUUCGACGGAGUCCUUCAGGAUGUACCACACGCUCAAGGUGCUGAACGACUUCAAAGAGGCGUGCGCGCAGGUGAUGGAGAUUCCGUGGGAUGAGUCACAUGCAUUGCAGCGGCCAAGCAAGACGUACGAAUUCCCUGACGGCUACAACGACUCGUUUGGCGUCGAGCGCCUGCGAGGACCGGAGAUCCUAUUCAACCCCAAAAGCUGGCAGGGUGUUGGCGAUGUCCUCCCCGCGCCGGCCUCGGGAACAGCCGAUUAUGUCGGGUUGGCCGACUUGGCGCUGCAAGCGAUUAACUCAACCGACGUCGACAGCCGCGCAGCGCUCUUCUCGAACGUCGUCUGCGUCGGCGGAUCGACAUCGUUGCCGGGCCUAACCGAUCGGCUCAGCUACGAGAUCAGCAUCAAAGCCGCCGGUCAGAAGAUCAAAAUCCACUCCCCCGGUAACCUCGUCGAGCGCAAGUACUCGUCCUGGAUCGGCGGCAGCAUCCUGAGUAGCUUGGGAACGUUCCACUCGUUGUGGUUGUCCAAGCAGGAGUACGAUGAGCAUGGACCGGCCCUCGUGCAUGCUAGGUGCAAAUGAGCGCGUGUAUUUUCAAGAAGACGCAAAGAUCAGAAUAAGGGCUGAUUAGUGGAGUGUAAUGUAAAACUUAGAAAUACAGUGU